CGGAAGUGGCCUCGCCUCCGCGGCGGCGGCGGUGAGUGGGCGCCCGGGGCGCGCGGGUGGCGGCCGCCGCGCGAGGGGCAGGGCGGGCCGGGCGCGCCCGCCAUGGCCGGGAGUCAGGACGUGUUCGACGCCAUCGUGAUGGCGGACGAGAGGUUUCAUGGGGAAGGAUAUCAGGAAGGCUACGAAGAAGGCAGUAGCUUGGGUAUAAUUGAAGGAAGACAGUACGGCACGUUACACGGAGCCAAAAUUGGGUCCGAGAUUGGGUGCUAUCAGGGGUUUGCUUUCGCUUGGCGAUGUCUCCUGCACAGCUGUGCCACCGAGAAAGACAGCAAAAAGAUGAAGGCCUUAGAAUCGUUGAUUGGAAUGAUUCAGAAGUUCCCUUACGAUGACCCUACGUAUGAUAAACUUCACGAAGACUUAGACAGAAUUAGAGGGAAAUUUAAACAGCUUUGUUCACUACUGAAUGUUCAGCCGGACUUUAAAAUUAGUGCGGAAGGUUCUGGACUUUCAUUUUGAGGAUGACAGAUGAACAAAGACGAAACAUCAAGGAACAGAUGUCCGUAUGUUAAGUGUUUAAAAAUGUGAUUCAAGGCAAAACAAUGAUGGAGUAUUCAUUGUUCUGGGGGGAGGGAUCCAGUUCGGGCGGUGAAAGGGCUUCCUUCUCCCUGGGGGCCUCCUGUGUCGCCUCAGUGCCCCCCCCCCCCCCGCGGUCCCUCUACACAGGCCCGGCCUUUGUCGGGUCCUGUCCACGCUGCGGUCUGAGCGGGUCCCCCCCCCCCGGCCUCGGGAGGCCUCUCCCUUGCGGUGCAGGGUCCGCUGGCCUUGCGGCCCCCUCCAGUGGCCGGGCCCGGCCGGUUCUAGACUGGGGGUGGCCCUGGCUGCGAUUUCCCCCCCGAGCCUGAAAUCAGCACUCAGAAGAGCAGGUCUUUAACAGCCGAGAGCAGCACGGCUGGCCUGACGGGAGAUGGCGGCGGCGUGCCCAGCACAGUGACCUCCGUUGACCCGUAAGAUGUGCCAGCGCCGGGUGAUGUGCUUCCCCUGUUCCGGUUAAUCCCUUCAGUGAUCCCACUUCACAGAUGAGGAGACCGAGACCCGCGGGGACUGCCCGGUCCAAGGGCGCCCGGCAAGCAGAGCUGGGGCUCCGUCCUGCGCCCGCCUGUCACCACCGUCUGGUGCUGCCUGCCCUGGGACGCGCCUUCGCAGCCAUGGAGCAGGGUCGCUGCUCUCGGGCCCGGUGUGCCCAGGUCCCCGCUGGGGAGUCCACCACGACCGGCUGACGUGGGCACCUGGCUCGGAGUGGGUUCCGAGGGAGCCUAGACACGCUCUUCGCACGGCCUCUCUCCGCAUCGGAAUGGGGCUUUGCAGUGUUGAGCGUGGGUAAGGGGAAGAUACUUCAAGGACUAGAUGUCAGGCCACUGUCGUGCGUACGCAGAAAGUUUGGGAGCCUUACGUUGAGGACGCUGUGUUUUCCUGUCGUACGAGUUCCUUUUCCUUCUGCUCGCACCUGGCGGGCAUCCGAAUACACCGUGAGGUCUGGAUUGCUGGAGCAGGUGAUGCAAGGUCGUGGCUCCUGGGCGUCCCUCUGCCCGUGCGUCUGCGUACCCCCGGGGGGUGGGGGGCAGGGUUGCCGGCAGGUCCCGCCUGCUCCUGUCCGCGGCAGCGCGGCCGAAAGUGACUCAUGAGAUUGAUAAGGGGUAACCGCGAAUCGUCCCGGUUUUUAAAUACGUUCCAGAGCGUCUUAGCGACGGCUGUCGUGCCGCCCGGGCCGGUGGUCGUGAGAGCCUGCCGGGAGACCCGAGGCCGGGGGCCUCGAAGGAGCGGGGUGCUGGGUGUUUUCUUUCCUCUGGUUCCGUGGCCCUGGCGAGUGUGCUGAGGACCAGAGAGGUGGCUUCAGCUGGUGAAGGCGGACACUCGGGCUCGAGCCUGCCACGCUGUCGCAGGCGGGAGCGUCACCGCGCACGUCCCUGUCUCCGCCCCAGCCGGCUUCCGGGGCGCUCGCCUGCUCGUGCACCGCCUCGCGGCCGGACCCUGCGGCCACAGACACCGACCGCGGGCGUCCCUCGCCGGUGGGAUGGGGGGCUCAGGUGGUUUUCCCUGGGGGACUGUUUUCUGAGCGUUCUGUUUUGAUAAUGUAUUACUGUUACAAGCGGAGAGCAGAAUAAAUAGAUUGCAAAGCAGAA